AUGGGAUUUCAAGAGAGUCCGGGUCCCCAAUAUGAUAAGGAGGGCCAGGUUCGGGCGCAGUCUCCCGAACUCCCUCUCACCAAUACCACGGAGCGCAAGCUAAUGGCCAAGAUCGACUGGCAUAUCGUCCCCUGCCUGUGCGUCAUGUACUUGCUUGCGUUUCUGGACCGGGUUAACGUUAGUAACGCGGCGGUGCUCGGGCUUAAAGAAGAUCUACAUAUCGUUGACGGGACGAAGUACAAUACCGCAUUGACGAUUUUCUUCGUUCCAUACAUUAUCUUCGAGAUCCCAUCCAAUAUUCUGCUGAAGAAAUUGAAACCCCACGUGUGGUGUACGUAUGGAGACCCCCUGUGUAAAAGUGCGCCGACUGAUGGAGAAAUUCGAGUGUCGAUGUGCAUGUUCUUGUUCGGCUUGGUGAUGAUCUGCCAGGGUUUGGUGUCGAACUGGGGUGGUCUGAUGACCACCCGCUGGUUCCUAGGAAUGUUUGAGACGGGAAUGUUCCCCGGAUGCUUCUAUCUGCUGGGAAUGUGGUAUAAGCGUAGCGAGGCGCAGAAGAGAUUUAGUUUCUUCUUUAGCUCUACGACCCUUGCGGGUGCCUUCGGUGGCUUGCUGGCCAGUGGGCUGGGGAAGAUGGACGGAGUUCAAGGCUACAGAGGUUGGCGAUGGGUUUUUAUCAUUGAAGGUCUUCUUACUUGCGUUGUCUCGUUUGUCUGGUUCUUCAUUAUCCCGGGGUUCCCAGAGGAGGCCAAAUGGCUCACUGAGGAGGAGCGAGAGUUUAUUCGCGUGAAACUGGCCAAAGACACCGGAGGUGCUGCGCAUGAUGCCAAACUUGGUUAUCGCGAAGUUUUGGAUGUCUUCAAGGACUACAAAAUUUUCCUCGGCGGACUUAUGUACUUUGGCCAGAUUGUUACAGCAUAUGGUUAUGCCUAUUUUGCGCCGAGCAUCAUCAAAUCCUAUGGCUACAGUCCUAUCAAGACACAGCUAUACUCAAUCCCACCGUGGGCUGCCGCAUGGGGGUUCUCCAUGUUCAUUGCCACUCUUUCCGACAAGACCAGACACCGGUUCUCAUUCACGAUAGGCCCCAUGCUGGUUGCUAUGGCCGGAUUCGGGAUCUUACUGAACGUACACGGACAAGCUCAUCGGGCUGUACAAUACGGUGCCUUAUUCCUGGUCACCUGUGGCUGCUACAGUGCGAUGCCAGUGAUUGUGUGUUGGUUUGCCAUGAACUUAGGGGGUCAUCGCCGACGAAGCGUAGGAACGGCAUGGCAAGUUGGGUUUGGAAACAUCGGUGGAAUCAUUUCCACCUACGCGUUCUUGGAGAAGGAUGCCCCGGAGUAUCGACCGGGGUAUAUCAUCAGUGUAUCCUUCCUCUGCUUUUCUGCCGCCUGCUGCAUCGCCUACUUAGCAGCGGUCUGGCAUGAUAACCGGAGUCGCGACAAAGCGGCGGCCAAUGGGACUAUGAUAGAGUACAGCGAGUUGGAAACGGAUCUGCUGGGCGACAUGGCACCCACUUAUCGAUAUGCGUAUUAG